AUGUCCCAAAAGAUUACCGAUCUGAUCUGCAGAACUAACCAUCAUGCUUUGCGCAUCGCCGCCGACUGGACGCGUCGCUUAAGCUCUGGAUUUGCAAUUGGGCCUGCUGUUCUGCAGAAGAUGUUUACCGAUGUUGAUAUUAUUAUCAGGAGGUUUGAAUCUCUGAUUGUUGAGAUCGACACCUCUUCGAUCAAGCCCCUGGUUGACGAAGUACUGCCUGCCAUCGUCACACGGAAGAUCACACAGCGGAUGGUACAAGCAGGACGUCCUAGGGAUUUGGUCAUUUGGUACCUGAGCAAAUUUGCCUGCCAGACACUGCUUGAGCACGACAACAUCGCCUCCCCCGAUGCCUUCUUCGACAUGAUCAGGAGAACAGAGUAUUUCAGGCCUGUCUGGUGGAGAAUCGACGAGAUGGCCCGCUCCGAGCUAGACAUUCGUGGUUGCGAAAAGACCGUGGACGAAGUUUGCGCACGAGGUGGUUCUCUCGAUAAGUUGUUGGAGGAGUACAAGACGUCGGUGAAAAAGGUCAAGUCCUACAAGAUGCCGGAUGAGGACAAGGAAGAGCUUGUGGAGUCUUCUUCGUCUGGGAGUGAUGCUGAUGACGAGGAUUCUUUUACGACUUCAAUCAGAUGGACGGUUCAGGGCGAGGAUGCACCGGCCACAUCAGACUACCAGUCUGAUUCUGGUAAGACUGAGGGUUGA